GACGACCGACGUUUUCUUGCCCAACACUGUACGUUUGUUUGCGUGGGAGGACGAUACUUUACCACAUCUGCGCGAAUAAUAAAUAGGCUCGGCUGUGAAAAAUGUUUGACAAUGGUCAGUCAGCACUAGUCGUGAUCCCCUUGCUAUGUCAGAGCGUCGCGAAGUGCAAGAGAUACCUGGGGAGUACCAGCCAGUGCCCAGAGAACCAGAAGAGCCAACCCCUUUGACCACAUCCUGUUGCCGGCGUUGCAAUUGCGGUUUUGGGCUUCGGAAUGAGCGGAAUUUUGUUUUCUGUAAUCACGGCUACAUCAUACCAGUGUUUAUUCUCUUCGUUCUGGUGAUGAUUGUGCUUCUGUUACCUUGGGAGACCUACCGUCGAAACGAGAACGGAAACAGCCCAGUUCGGGUGGAGAAGCCGUUACCAUGUCAACUCGAACUGGUGGAGAGCUUGCCGUUGGGGUUGAACUACAGCCAAGGGCAAAGCCACCCCCAACUAAGGAGCACCUUUGAGUCCUGGCAGUUUCUACUAGGCAGGGCAAAGACCUCGUUGGACAUCGUUUCUCCGCACUGGACACUGCGCGGCUUGGACGUCAACGACAGCAGCACCCGGCCUGGAGAUCAACUCUUUCAACAGCUACUGUCGAAUGGAGAUGCCGGCAGACCCAAGCUGCGCGUGCGGAUUGUGGUUAAUCGCAGCCAGGAUAGCCUUUGGCAUGCUGAUGCCCGUAUCUUGGCUAACUACGGGGCAGCCGAUGUAGUGGGCAUUAAUUUUCUGCACUCUAAACUCUGGCUAGUGGACGGGGAGCACUUCUACUUGGGCACAGCCAGCAUGGACUGGCGGUCGCUUACACAACGCAAGGAACUAGGUGUGCUGGCCAGGAAUUGUCCUCAUCUUGCUCAAGAUCUGGGCAAGAUCUUCAAGGCCUAUUGGUACCUGGGCAACAAUGAAGUCCCAGAGAAGUGGCCGUGGAUGUACCACACGCACAUUAAUCAAAGAAGACCCUCUUUGCUAAGCAUCAACAAAAAACAUACAAUGAGAGCCUAUUUAUCCACCUCGCCACCUGAGUUGAUAGCCACUGGAAGGACCCAAGAGCUAGAUGCCAUUUUAGAAGCUAUCGACAAGGCGACUGAUGUUAUACACCUUUCCUUAAUGGAAUAUUCUCCUCGGUUAAGACGCAGUGACAAAAUGGAAUACUGGCCGGUGAUAGACAAUGCCUUGCGUAAAGCUGCCUUGGAAAGGGGUGUGGCCAUUAAGGUGCUUAUUUCGUGGUGGAAGUAUUCCGAUCCCAGUGAGGAUCACUUCUUAAGGUCUCUACAGGCGCUCAACAAAAUGACGGAGAAAGUGGAUAUACAAAUGCGACGAUUUGUUGUGCCAACUACUGAUGAACUGGAAAAGAUUUCCGGCGGAAGGGUUAACUGCAACUCGUACUUAGUCACCGAUAGCGUUGCCUUUAUUGGCACCUCUAGCUUGUCGGGAGAGCAUUUUACUUACUCAGCUGGCAUUGGAUUAGUCCUCCAGGAGAUGGACUUCAACAAUAAUAGUCUCCGUACAGAUUUAAUGUCAAUUUUUCUGCGGGAUUGGUUUAGUCCCUAUGCCCUGCCCCUGAAACCAACUUUACGAAUUUGAAUUCCGCUUUUAAACCCGCCGGCAUUUUGCAACACAGCCAUCAGCUGUUCAUGUCAUAACAAUCGUCAGACCUAACCUCAAAACCUAAAGUAAAUUUAAGUUCCACACCAUCGAGUUAAAAUAAAGCUAACAUUUAAGCAUGGCCA